AUGCUGGGAGACUUACAGAAGGUCCUCCAGGCAGAUGUGACUCAACUCCAUGUGGACCUCACAGGCCUGGACAGCCGCAUUGGGCUAGUGGAAGAUACUACCACACAACACACCAAAGCCAUUGCUGAGCUAAAACAUGAGGUGCAAACACUUAAAUUGCAGCAGGCCAAAAAUGAACUGCACUUCGCAAUACUCAAGGACCUAAGGCGACCUCAUACAACUUUAAAAGCAUGCCUCUGUCCUUUUAUGCAGACAUGUCUGGUUACACACUGCAGUGAAGACGGUCCCUGCAACCUUUCGUGGCACUACUAUGAACGCACAACAUAAAAUACAAGUCCUACCCUCUGAUACAACCCCUGACAUCUCGGAUCUACGAGGAGCGGUCACUCUGUUACUGCCACUUGGCCUAGAGGCAAACUCACUUCAGACAACUAACCUUCCAGGAUGUGGCAGUGCAUCGCUGGGACCCGGCAAGGAUCACUCUAUUCGUCCCGCAAGGAGCGACGUCUUACAUGCAUGCGGCAGUUACCACCUGAAUUUCGGGACUCUCAAAAUCAUCACUCACCUCCUGAGGAGAGGGACCUUAAACUACCAGUGGCUCGAAUUUACUUAA